AUGGGCAGCAGAUUCGAGAAGUUUUCGGAGCGCGCGCGCAAGGUUCUUUCGCUGGCUCAGGAAGAGGCCCAGCGUUUUAACCACAACUAUAUCGGGACUGAGCACAUUCUUCUCGGUCUUGUCCGCGAGACGGAAGGCGUGGCUGCCCGAGUCCUCUCCAGCUUAUCCGUCGACCUCUCUAAGGUCCGUUCCGCCGUCGAGUUCAUCAUCGGCCGCGGUGAAAAGCCCGCCCAGGGCGAGAUUGGCCUCACUCCCCGAGCCAAGAAGGUCGUGGAGUUGGCGGUCGACGAAGCCCGCCGCAUGAAUCAUACCUACAUCGGCACCGAGCACCUGCUCAUCGGCCUCCUCCGCGAGGGCGAGGGCGUGGCCGCCGGCGUGCUGGAAAGCCUCGGCGUCACCCUCGACAAGGUGCGCUCCGAGACCCACCGUAUCCUUAGCCACACCUCCGGCCAGGGCCAGCAGUCGCAGCAGGUCGCUGUCCACCACCAAGACCCGACCUGA